GAAGGCUUGCGAUACCUGGCGGACGCCAAAAACCUGUGCAAAGAGCUACAACUCUGGGCGAGCCACGUAUCGGUGGAACUCAGCAUGGCGCGAGUGUACUUGGAAUCUCAACAGCCUCAGCAGGCAAUCCAAGUGGUGGAAGAGGCUUUGGUCUUGAUCCAAGACAUUGGUGAUUUUGAUGCAGAGUACUUGGCCUAUGGCCUCCUGUGUCAAGCCAUCCUGGACGUGGACACCAAUGUGAGUCAAGCCGAAGGGCGUGCCAGGGAAGCUGUGGAGCGAAUGAAGGCCAAAGGUCCAAG